AUGUCAGAAACUGAUAUGGAAGAGGGGAACGUGGUGGUGUUUCUUGUUUGUUUGCACCCUCUUUCUUUCUCAAAUGAUYCAAAUUCAGGUCAUUGGUACUGUCCUUAUAUUAAAGCUAAGUACCAUGCCCCAGUUGCUGUCUACUGUGGGAGUGUCCCCAAAUUCAAAUCCAGAUGUCAAGCACUGCAAGGAGGAGGCAUCAAUUCCAACUUGCAGCUUUGUGGCAGCAGAUGGACUACAGCAGAAGAAGGUGCCAUUUCUCCUCUGGUGGGCCUGGAUGGCAAGAGUAGCCUGGAAAACCUUGAUGACAGGGCCAGAGGUGACCUCUCGCAGCUUCCUAGCCUGACCUUGAUGCAGGACUGCAGAGAAAUGGAGGUGGGCAGCGCCACCAUAGAGACCACUCGGAUCAAAGACAAACUGAAGAAGAGGAGGAUGUCAGAGGGCCUCUUAGUGUCACGCAGAGGCCUCUUGGAGAGCAGUGACCCUGUGGGGCUUAUCUUGAAGCCAGCUGUGCCUAGGUCGGCUUCCCAGAGGUUCCUGCUAAUGUCCAAGCCUGUGCCGCCCAUCCGACAACGUCCCCUGUCCCCUGAGACUGGCGAGGUGAGAAACGGGGAGCUGAAGGGCUGGGAGGAUGGCACAGACGGUGGAGGAAGCAAUGACAGCGACGAGGGGCUGAUGCCGGAGCUGGGCUGGAAUGGUCUGCCCGAGUGGCAAGGGGAGAUGGUGACAUUUGGCCUGACCGCUGGGCGCUCCUGUUCCCAGGUUCACCUCCAUCCCUGGUGCGGUAGCAAGCAGCAGGAGGAGGAGGUGGUGAUGAAGCUGCGAGAGAUGCCUGUGGUUCCCCCCAUUGCCAAGUCAGUGAGCGUGCUGGACAGAGGCACCACUGACACCAUGGGGCCACCCCUGGGCUGUCUGGAGGAGCCUCCACAAGAGCCCUGGGAGAUGAGGCUAAGAUCAGGCAGCAGAACUGAGGAGACCUUUAAACCUCUGGAGCCCUGGAUGCUGGAGCCCGUCCCACCUGUUCCCUACCACCGUGUCACUGAGGAUGUGAAGUCUGUUGGCCACCUGUCUGAGUCUCUGUCGCCAUUCCCAGGCCUUUUCCUCAGCUGUGCUGAGGAGACUGACCUUGGGAGCCCUCGCCUCCCGGAGAGCAACGACUGGAUGGAGAGCAAUGGAAGAAUCCAUGUUACCAUAUCCAAGUCGGCUCGGGAGAAGAUGCGCCAGAAGCAGAUGAGAGAGAUGGAGCUUUUGCGUAGGGAGAAAGAGAGAGAAAAGGAGAAGUCCCUGCAGCUCCACAUGCAGGAGGCUGACCCUAUGGGUGCUGGUGAAGAAGGUGUUGGGAUGCAAGUCAACGGGGUGGUGUCCAUUUCGCCCAGCGUGAGCAGAGCGWGCAGGAGCGGUGUUGGCACCGUGCUGAAGAAGAGGGUCAACCGGCCAUCUCUGCCCAGCAUCCCGGCCGCGAGCCAGGAUGGUGGCUUCCCACGCCAUGCCUCAGCCAACUCACUGCCGGCCAUUGCCCUGGACUGCCCGGAGUGGGGAGAGGAUCCCGACUGCGGGGCCGCGGCGGCAGCGAAACCCUUCUCCCAGCCGGAGCAGGGGCUGAGCGACGCGCUGGACUGGCUCAGCAGCAGUGACUGGCAGCUGAAAGGGAAAGGGCUCUUCAACAUCAGACGCCUGGCUACCUGCCACUCAGAAAUCCUUCUUUGCAGACUCCAUGACGUUUCCUUGGCAGUUACCAAAGAGGUGAACAACCUCCGCUCGAAGGUGUCUCGAUUUGCAAUCGUCACCCUUGGAGAGCUCUUCAGGACCAUGAAGAAACACAUGGACCAGGAGGUGGAGGAGAUUGCUCGGACCUUGCUCCAGAAGGCAGGGGACUCCAGUGAAUUCAUUCAGAAAGCGGCGAAUCAGUCCCUUGGGAUCAUGGUGGGGAGCGUGACUCCUGCACGGUCAAUGACUGCUCUCAUGGCCUGUGGGGUCAAUCACCGAAACGUCCUUAUCCGGAGGUGUGCUGCUGAACACUUGGUGACUGUAACGGAGCAGAUUGGAGCUGAGAAGCUGAUGUCAGGCUCCCGUGAGAGCACCGAAAUGCUGGUGAAGGUGCUGGUGAAGCUCGCCCAGGACUGCAACCAGGACACGAGGUUUUAUGGACGGCAGAUGCUGACCAUAUUGAUGAAGCAUCCAAAAUUUGAUGGGUAUUUGAAACAUUCUCUCCCAUCACAUGACUUGCGAGAUGUUAUGGCAACAAUUAAGCAGAAAGGGACGGAAGGUCACAUACCUGAACCUCCACCUGCCAAGGGCCGCAGGGAGCAUAGGAAGAGCAGCUUGACGACAUCCCAGGACACCUUGCCUUCUGACGAAGGGUCCAGCUCUGAUGUCCUUGUCUUACCCCGACACACGGUCCGACGUACAUCACUUCGCACAGUGGAAGAGACGGAUCAGCUCAGGGAGCUUGAGAUCCUCUUGACAGCCAAGGAUUUUCAGACACGAAUGGAGGGUGUUGCGCUCCUCUUAGAUCACUGCAAAAACAACCCCCAGCUCAUCUCGGCAAACAUUGUUCAGAUUUUUGACGUUUUUGUCCUGAGACUUCAGGACUGCAACAAGAAAGUGAACCAGCAAGCCCUCGAGUCCCUCGCUGCCAUGAUGCCCCUCCUUGGGGAGAGCUUGCGCCCGAUGCUGGUCCCUGUGGUGACAGCAGUCACCGACAACCUCAACUCCAAGAACACGGGGAUUUACGCGGCCGCUGUGAAGGUGCUGGAUGCCUGUGUUGCGCACCUGGAUAACGUAUUGCUGCUGCAAGCGCUUGCCAAUCGAGUGCGUUUCCUCAGUGGCCGAGCUGUGCAGGAUGUCACCGAUCGUCUGUCAGUGCUCGUUGGGUCCGUGUCCCGGCGGAGGCGAUCCACRGUGGAGCGCUACGUCCUGCCCGUCCUGUGGCACCUGCUGGGCAGCACCACGGGCAACGGGUCGCUGCCGGGCCGCAGCGGCAAGGCCCACAGCGCCGCGGCCCGCCUGGCCGGCGCCCUGCACRCCGAGAUGGGCGCCAGCCUGGCCGCGCGGGCCGCCGGCCAGCCCCCGCAUGUGGCCAGGAGCCUGCGCGACCUCCUGGAGCAGCAGCCACGGUGA